GAGUGGUGUUACGUGGUGGGGAGGGGGACUGACAUUGAGUGAGAGAGAGUCAACGUGAGCUAUGAGUGAGAGAAAUGUGGUGAGCUUAAAGGAUGAGUACGCUAUUCACUGGGCAAUGUGACGUCCAGAUCUUGGGUUGUUUUUUUUACACCAUGUUCUAUGUUUUGUUUGUGUUCCAUUCUUGACAAUUUGGAAGUACGUUUGUGAUGUGCUCUGUGUAAUGUGUGCUAGUUUUUAAGACACCCUAAUGUUGACGGUAUAGUCUUAUAUCUAAAGUGAAGUAAUCAAACGUGGCUCAGUUAUUUUGGUCCUUAGUUGCGCAUUGUGUGAUAUCUCAUUUAGUUGUGCAAUAGGUCCAAGUGAUUGAGUGUAACAAAAUACCGAGACAAGAUUCUCAAAUUCCGAGCCAGUGUUGUCAGUCUGACAAUGUCCCCAUGGUCAUAGUCAUUUUCUCUGAAAAAAAAAAUCCACCACAGAGAAAAAAAAAAUAUUGAUACCACCCUCUCCCCGCAUCCUUCAGCCCUUUUAUUUCAAACUACUUCCAAACCGGCCUCCCGCACGUGGCGAAUAUCUCAUUCGUGUCGGGGAAAUUAAGUUUUGCGGGUAGACAGGGUCAACGGGACCGGACGAAAGAGGUUAGCAUUGAUUAGUGGCCAGUGACCAAACAUUACAACUCUCAGGUGAUUUUUUUGUGCAGUAGUGUUUUCUUGUGCGUGUGUGCGUGUUUUUCCUUGGCUAGUCCUGGAGUAAAAACAAGGACAGCGAUGAGGAACUAUAGCUAUAGAAUUUGAGUGUCACAGCCAAACGGGUGCCACAAACUUCAUGUCCAGACGCUCCAAAGUUUACAAGGAACAAAAAAUCACUGAGUCGGCAAGAUUUGUAAUCGUUUUGAAACUCCAUUUAGUCCAGUGCAGCAUUCCUCUAAUACUUUAAUAGGUUCCAAGAGAGCGAUAAUAAACUCAAGCUCUAAAUAUAUCAAUCAUAGUGCGAAGUAAUUAAACCUUCGCAUAUGUGCUCAAAGUGGUGUUCUUAACAAAAAAAAACUCCCUCAUCGUCAAAGUUGGCGUCUUAAAACUAUAGCCAAUACUUGAACAAUCAAUAGCUACACUUCCACAUACUCCCAUGAGAUCCUCCUAAUGAUUUCGCACGGAGCUUGCUGAAACCGACGCUGCAAGACAUAAGCUAAAGGGAGGAUCUGCUACGGGAGAUGACUUUUGAGAGGUGCCCUAGGGGAGGAUGAGCGCCCUCACACGUUCUGUUCGCUAGUGGUAUGGAGUUGUAAUGAUGUCGACAUGAAGCGCCAGAGGCGUGAACCCAGGUGGAUAGACCCGACCAUCAACGUAUUCUCUUUGCUUGUGGCAUUGGCAGCCUUUCUGACGACCAUGGCUCUGGCAGCCCCUAGUGUCCACGAUGAUAUUCUCGGGGAACACGUUCCCGUUCCAGAGUUCCUCCCGGGAACAUCGAAUGUAACGGUGCGAGAAGGCGACGCAGCCAUGCUACCCUGUUCAGUCAAAAAUCUGGGCACGAAACAGGUUGUAUGGCGGCGUGUGGAGGGUGAUAAAGUUCUGACUAUCGGUACCAUGACCUGGUCGAUGGACAAUAAUGUCUCAAUGGAACAUUCCAAGAAAUCUAAAGAUGUGACCACUUGGAAUCUCAUUUUACAUCACGUGACCCCAGAGGAUUCAGGUGUGUACGAGUGUCAAUUGACGUCACGAGCAGGACACGUUCGCCACGUGACUCUAAAUGUCGUCGGUCCACCGCUCACAAGUAAAACAGGUUCUAGCCACCUCCCUGAACAUCUGCCCAGUGGUCAAAGCUACAAUAUCGCUAACCUUACGGUCAGUGUGUGCGGGGCAGAAGGCGCUCACGGAUGCUCUAUAUCGAUAACUGGUAGGAGGUAUGUCGAUCAAGGAGAGAAGAUUUUCUUACGGUGUAACGCUUCAGGAGGUGCCAGAGUUCCUGACGAGAUGGACUGGUUCAAGGGAGGCGAUAAGAUCGACGAGAAUAAAUACAAACACGUCCAAAUCUACAAAAUUCAGUCUCAUGCUGAGAAAUACUUUGUCUCAGAGCUGACCAUAGAACACAGUAGCCUGGCGGACACGGGUGACUACAUCUGCCGCAGUAGUACCGACGACAUCGCCAACCUGAAGGUCACGGUAUUGCAUGCGGAAUCUGCAAACAAAAGAAGAGGUACAAACCAGGGUGACAACGGGACACACAAGAGUAUGUCCAGUUUAGAGAAUGGAGCCUCUAUGACCGAAGCCAGUAAAAUCUCUUUUUUGCUGACGCUUCUCCUAGCGUUGCUAUGGACACACACACAAGACAGACGGACAGAUUGACUGAUUGAUUGGUACAAACCAGGAAAAGGACGGAGCCGCUACGAUCAUAGUCAGUAAAAUCUCUCUUUUGCUGACGCUUCUAGCGUUGCUAUGGACACACCAAACGUCACUUCUGGCAUAUACCUCGUGACCUCCUGGUCAUCCAAUUUAUCACUUCAGUGUUUAACAUUUUGCCUUUGCAGAAAACAGAGAAUGUACAAAAAUGACUGUUUAAAUCCAACACAGUCGUAGAUGGCGGAGACACAAAUAAACAGAGAACGAUUCACAGUCAUUCCCAAUCCAGAGUUUACAGUCGAUGUGUUGAGAGGACAGAGCUGUGCUGAGUCAAUAAAAGUCUUUUUUUUUUAUAUCCGAGUUUGCUUAAAGACAUAAUAAAAAUUUAUGUUUUGGAUAUAUAUAUACUUUUGUAAAAGUGAAGAACAAACGCACUCACAGAGAGAAGCGUCACGAAAAACUUCCUUCUCUGUUGGGUUCUGGAAUUGCGUUUCUGUAAAUUCAUACUCUGUUGACAAUCUUGUGUGACGAUUCUGGAAUGGUGUGAGAAGCAACAUAAAAGAAACUAAGGUACACUUUAACUAUUAAACAUUUAUUGCUGGUGAUAGAUGAAAACUAUAAACAACACGUGACAAGACACGUGACAGAACUGAUGUCUUCAUUGAACUAAUCAAUAAUCUGUCACUUUGAUGAAAUGUUUUGUUAUUUAUAUGACUUUUUUUUUUCGAUUAUGUGUUUAUGGCCGUACUUGUUACAAAUCACUUUAUUUAUUAGUCAAAGUACAUCCUAGUCAUAUUGGAAUAUGAAAACGUUGUGACAUAUUUUCACUGUUGUUAACGCUGGGCUGUACAUACAACGGAAAUAAACACACAAGUCUAUCCUAUUGAGGGUGAAACUCAUCGAAAAGUUGUCUCAUCGACCUUGUUUUCGUGGCACGAUGUAUUAUCAAGUAACAUUCUACUCUAUGAUCGUUGUUGUGGUUUGUAACGUUUCUCAUCAACAUGAAACAUCGAUUGUAUUCAUUUCUCAUAUCCUUUUUUUUUCUUUUAAUAAAAGUGCAAACAAACAAAAAAAAACUUUUGUAAUAUUAUUAAUAACAGAAGUGCUAGUUACAUUUUAUCUGUUCAUAAAGAUUCUACAAAAGAAAUACAAAUUGAUUUCAAUUAUCUUUAUUCCAUAAAUUGUAUUUGUUAGAUGUAAAUGCUUGCCAUAAAAUUCGACACGGUAAUCUAAUCGAAAGUGUGGGACAUUACACAAAGAAUGGGGAAAAUACCAAGGAAAAACAUUGACUUUAGAUUCAAGUCGGUUCAAAUGUGACAAAUGAAGGUGGCGAGGUACGAUACCUUUAACCAAAGAUCUAAGUGUAACACGUCCAUCCUACAGAGAGCAAGAGAUCACUUCAAUAAUACAGGAUGUCCUCCUCGGAAAUACAAUCUAAAAAAACUGCAUUUGAACUCGUGGCAAGCUGCAAGAAACAAGCAAUACCUGGACAUGUCAACAUUUCAAGGUUACUUCCGUGUUACAAGGUUGCUGCCGUGGUGAGCUGUAAGAACAAGCAUACCUGAACAGUUCAACGUUACAAGGUUGCUGCCGUGGUGAGCUGUAAGAAACGAACAUGCGUAGACUGGUCAACACUACAAGGGUUGCCGAAAAGUUUCUCUUUCGAUUUCCGCGAAAAAAACAAAAAACGCGGCGCUCCAUAUUCAUACAUGUUCUCUGCUACAUGUCUAUCAAUGACACCAAUUUCUUGCUUGAAGUUUGCCUUCAGUUGUACGAUGGUCCUCAGUGACUCCUCAGUGUCUUAACAUACACAGGAUCAAUUCUUCAUUAAAUAAGGAACAUUGUGAAUCUUGUUACAUGAUGAUAUCGCAUUUUUUCAAGCUUUAUUUCCGGGUUGGACACCUUGUAGGUUUACCUAGGGAUUUCAUAGCCUUAGAGUCUACAUCGCAUAGAUUUAAAUGUUUAAAUAGUCAUUCCCACGUGAUUAGGCUGUAAAAAACGUAAGCAAGUUAGAUAGUAAACAAAUCCAUUCGUUGUGUGCAGCACAAAUAGUAGAUUAGAUUUUAAUAAAAUCACAACUAGCUCAAGUUUAUUAAAAUAAUGACAUAUUUCCGGCAUUUCUAAAACUCGUCACUGCGCCCAACAUAUUUAGAGAACUUUUAUUACUGCUAUCAACAUAGACGAAUAUUUUCCUCGAUAUCAAAUUUAAACAUUGAAAUAUAAUAGCUGACAUACACAUGCAGACAUCAACACAUACAUAUGCAGACAUCAACACAUACACAUGCAGACAUCAACACAUACAUAUGCAGACAUCAACACAGUAUCAUUCGAGACAUCAGACCAGCUGCUGACUACGUUUGUUUUUUUUUUCAAAGGCAAUUUUGGACCAACGAGUAAAUUGGAUUUCUGAUUGGGCCUCAUAAUUUUUUACAAUAUUGGUAUAGCGCCUCAUAAAAUUCCACCUUAAAAAAAAAAUCCCAUCUGCAGGUCCCUGGUCGAUCAAACUCAGUUCCUGCUCUGAAAAAAACAACGAUAAAAACAGCCUGUUCUUGUCAUCCUAUGAUCAGAGCAUCAGACAACUCCUUUAAUAAGAGAUUCAUUCUUGGUUCGUUCCGCAUUGCAAUGUAAAAAGUCAUAAUGAAUGUAAUUACCUUUCCUUUAUUUUUUAAGUUUUUACCAUGGAAACUUUCUAUCUAAAAAAAAUAGAAUUAGGGCAAGUCGGCCUAUCGUUUUGUAAACCUUACUCUAUACAAUAAGUAGGCCUAAAGCUCAAUCAGCACUGCUCUAUGUAUAGCCCCUAAACUCCACCUCUAGGAACAUAACAAUUCGAGAACAAUGUAUAUCUGAAUUUACUGUGUGAUUAUUUUGAAGACCAGUAUUCCUUUGACAUAGAGAAAUUAAGUUAGGAGCUACCUUUGUUCUAGUUCUAGUAUGCUAAUAGGACUAUCAAAUUAAAGAAAAUAGUUAUUGAAUAGCCCUUUAGAUUUUAAAGAUGUAAAGUGUGCUAUCAUUGCUAUAGCAUUUAACUAGAGCUAUGUUUUAUCACUUGUUAAAGAUGACAAUAUUUUGUUGUUUUCUAAUGAUUGACAUUUUUUUUAAAUUAUGGUGGUAAGAUAAUUAGUGUAAGGCUGGACGUUUAGAGAAAUGAAAGUUGAGCCAAAUUUUAAAUAUCAUUAUGGAUAAUUUAUUGUAUGACUAUCAUUCUGGAUAUGUAUAGUCAUAUACUUAUAUGUAUGAGCGAUGGUCUAAAGAGGUACGAAAAUACUUUGUUUGAAAGUGUGAGAACUACUAUAACUUUUUAUUUUUUUGUAAUAUUAUCUGUUGGAUGUAGAUCUAGCUCUCAAAGAAUCCGAAUUAGCAAGUCUUUGUAGACUGCUCUAACAGUCCUUUGAG